AUGAACGGAAAAUCCUCUGCAGCAGAUUUUGAAGAGGCCCAAGAGACCAUUGACAUUUUGUAUGAGAUCUCUAAGUUAUUGAAUUGUGGUGUUAACAAGAAGACCCUGGCCAUACUAUUAUCUCUGACUGCAAAUGGAGUGAACCCAGAGGCUAUUGCAGCUGUCUAUAAAGAGCUUAAGAGAGAAACUGCUGCACUUAAGGCUGCUGAAGUAUCUUCAAGGAAUUCUUAA